GGAUCACCAACGUAACUACCGCCCGCCACCGACAUCACUACCUCAACCAGACGUAUCUUCUUCACUGUCACUCACUAUCUUCAGCUCACCAUUUCAGCUUUUCCCAUUAUGAAAAAAUGAAACUAAUACCCUUUACAAUUUAACCACCAAGAAUAAUAUCAAUAAUAAUUUAAUCUCAUAAGUCAAACACCAUAAUCAUAGAUCCAAGAUCUUUCCUUUAUCUGCUAAAUUCUCAUUAACCGCCAUGAAACCUCCCUCUAAUGUUGAUUUCUUCAAAACCCCACUGGUCCUCAAGGUCACAGCUUUUUUUCUACUCUCAAUCACUUUCUUUUAUCUGGGUAAGCACUGGUCCUCUAAUGGCUAUCAGCAACUCAUUUUCUUUUCCACCCCACAGGAAUCUGUUGCCAUGUCACCUAACUUGGACAAGUUCUUUAACAUCACAGCUCUUAUUGCUCAAAACCAAUCCGAAUCCCAAUCCCAACCUGAUAACACCCUAACCCUAGCUCCUCCUCCUGCAAUUGUUGAAUCUUCGCCGUCUGAUUCGAAUCAGACGUUUGGGAUUAUUGACAGUAAUGGGAGAAUGAGUGAUGAUUUUGAGGUCGGUGAGUUUGAUCCAGAGAUUGUGGAGAGUUGGGGAAAUGAGACUUUGGUUGAGAGUGGAGACAAGGAUCUUAGGGUUGCGGUCAAAAGAUUUGAUCUUUGUCCAGAUAGUAGGAGAGAGUAUAUUCCGUGUUUGGAUAAUGUGGAGGCGAUUAGGAUGUUGAAUUCAACGGAGAAAGGGGAAAGGUUUGAGCGGCAUUGUCCUGAGAAGGGAAAAGGGUUGAAUUGCUUGGUUCCGCCCCCGAAAGCAUACCGGCAGCCUAUUCCUUGGCCAAGGAGUCGUGAUGAGGUAUGGUAUAGCAAUGUUCCUCACACACGUUUAGUUGAAGACAAAGGAGGUCAAAACUGGAUUUCCAAAGUUAAAGACAAGUUUAGGUUUCCUGGUGGUGGAACGCAGUUCAUACAUGGUGCAGAUCAGUACUUAGAUCAGAUCGCCAAGAUGGUUCCUGAUAUUGCAUUUGGUAGUAAUACACGAGUGGUUUUGGACAUUGGAUGUGGUGUGGCCAGUUUUGGUGCCUAUUUGAUGUCAAGGAAUGUAUUAACUAUGUCAAUAGCUCCCAAGGAUGUUCACGAGAACCAAAUUCAGUUUGCUCUUGAGCGUGGUGUACCUGCAAUGGUGGCAGCAUUUGCUACUCACCGUUUGUUAUAUCCAAGUCAAGCCUUUGAAAUAAUACACUGUUCAAGAUGUAGAAUCAAUUGGACUCGAGAUGAUGGAAUCUUGCUCCUUGAGGUCAAUAGGAUGCUUCGGGCUGGAGGAUACUUUGCUUGGGCAGCACAGCCAGUUUAUAAGCAUGAGCAAAUUCUAGAGGAACAGUGGGAAGAGAUGCUUAACCUUACCACUCGUCUUUGCUGGACACUUGUUAAGAAGGAGGGAUAUAUUGCAAUAUGGCAGAAACCUCUUAACAACAGCUGCUACCUAAACCGUGAACCAGGGACAAAUCCUCCAUUGUGUGAUCCAGAUGAUGACCCUGAUAAUGUUUGGAAUGUUGAUCUAAAGGCAUGCAUUAAUCGACUUCCAGAAAAUGGAUAUGGAGCAAAUGUUACAAAAUGGCCUGCCCGUUUGUAUACUGCACCUGAUAGGCUCCAAAGCAUACAAAUGGAUGCUUACAUAUCCAGAAAGGAGCUAUUCAAGGCAGAAUCAAAGUAUUGGUCAGAAACAAUAGCUGGAUAUGCACGUGCUUGGCACUGGAAGAAGUUUAAAUUAAGAAAUGUAUUGGACAUGAGAGCUGGCUUUGGAGGAUUUGCAGCUGCGUUAAUUGAUCAAGCAUUUGAUUGCUGGGUUCUAAAUGUCGUACCUGUCAGUGGUCCUAACACCUUGCCUGUGAUAUAUGAUCGUGGACUUCUAGGAGUUAUGCAUGAUUGGUGUGAGCCCUUCGAUACAUAUCCUAGAACCUAUGACUUGGUGCAUGCAGCUGGCCUUUUUUCUGUUGAAAAGAAAAGAUGUAAUAUCUCUAGCAUCAUGCUUGAAAUGGAUCGCAUACUUAGACCUGGUGGUCGGGCAUACAUUCGCGAUUCCCUCGAUGUAAUGGAUGAAGUUCAAGCGACAGCAAAGGCCAUGGGUUGGGCUUGUCAAUUGCAUGAUACAUCCGAGGGUCCACAUGCAAGUUACAGGAUCUUGAGGUGCGACAAAAGACUCUUGCGUCCUUGAACAAAUGGGAGUUAAAAAAUUGGCUUAUGUUUUACUCAAGUUAACUGCAAAGAUCAGAUCAACCAGACAAUUGGAUGGCGAUAUUUAGUAGCAUUCAUUUCCAGAUGGAAGAAUUGUUUACAUUCUCUAGUCUUUAUAUCAUUGGAUUAAAGUUCUUCACUGUUCCAUCUUUUCUAUUGGGGACUUGCUGUGUGGUGGAUGUGGAUGCUGAUAUGAAGAAUAUGGGCAGCUGAGACGGAGUAUGAAAGGGGAUCUUCUGUACUUGAGCUGUAUAAAUUGUAAAACACAGAUUUGCUUAAGCAUUUGUUAUGUUUAUUCUUUACUAAACAGGGUAACGCCAUAAUUUCAAUGUACACAUUUGCUUUGCUUAUUUUAGUCUUGUUUUUUCAUUUUUUUCA